AAAAUCCCAUCAUGUGCGGAAAGAGCGACUUUUCGCGCGCCGGUUGCACAAAAGGAUUUUAUCUGAUUUUAUUAGCCUAAACUCGAACCAGGGGCAAAGUGUGUCGGUAAGGGACAAAAAUGACGGUCUCCUCUUUAGACAGGCUUUUGGCGAUCUGUCUAUUAACCUGUGGUAUGAUAAUGAUCUUUAACGUGCUGUCAACUGAUUAUAGAAAAACUUAAAGACCUGAGUCGAAAAAUAUGGAGCUUAUUUUUUAAAUCUAUCCUCAGAUGACAAAACGUAGGAUAGGUUAUAGUCUAAUACUCUGUCAUUAUUCUCUUCCAUUUUCAACGAGAUUCGCUUUUGAAUGAUGACGGACGAGCGGAAUUUUCGUUCAUCGUACUACGAAAAGGUUGGCUUUCGUAGCGUUGAGGAGAAAAAAUCUCUGGAGAUAUUAUUAAAGGAACGACCAUUUGAUAAAACGAAACUGAAACAAUUUUGUCUGCGAUUCACUGUACCUGCUAUGUACAGAAACUUCUUGUGGAAGGUGUUGCUCGACGUUAUACCAGUUUAUGUAGAGAGCCAUGAAUUUAUUAUGGCGCAACGUACCAUAGAAUUUCAAGAUUUACAGAGAGCGUUAAAAAUUGCAAAGAUCAUAGAUGAUUGUACAAAGCCCCAUCUGGUAUUCUUAGCAAUGUGGUUGUUACGUACAAGAAGAGUAAAAGUUGACAUAACUAUUCAGUUGGAAUCACCAUUACACAGAGCUAUGAGUAAAAUGGCUGAGACACUAUGGCAUGUGAUUGAUGUUGAAUCGGAACAAGAGAAACUAGUAGAUAUGUAUUGGAUAUUAUCUGGACUUUUUAUACAGGUUGAGAAAUUGCAAAAGGAAGUGGGAAGAUUACAAGAGUGUACAUAUUCUUUGUUGGAAAGAGAGGAUGUAGAAUUAUAUAAGCAUCUUAUUAAAAUUGAUGCGUUUUAUAAUCUUCCAUAUGACACAUGGUUUUAUUCAUGUUUUGCUGGUGUAAUAUGCAAUGGAUCUAUCGCUAAGAUAUGGGAUAAAAUAACGGUCAGCGCGUAUCGAAUUUUAGUAUUUGUCGCUGUGGUUACAUUAACCACUUUAAGACGGCUACUCUUAAGAUGCGAGAAUACAGAUAAUGUGUUGGACACUAUUAAUAAUAUAACAGAAGAAACAUCAGAAAUGAUAGUCAAUAAAGCAAUCGAAUCAAUGCAACAAAGUGGAACAACUCAAGACGGACGAAACUUAUAUAUAUAAAUAUGUAUAUGUAUUGAAUUGUAUAUACAACACUUGCUAUCAAAUCCAUGUUUAUUUCUAUUUUUC